CGUUGAUUCUCUUCUCCUCAUCAGAGUGGAUUGGGCCUGCUCCCCGUUCUCGCUGGCCAUCCGUCUCUUCUCCCUCUCCCGCUUCCUCGUCGUCCCGUAGCUGCUCCCCGAUGGCGGCCACGGCGAGCCUCACGGCCACCGCUCCCUCCUCUCCAGCCCUCCUGAAAACGUCGCCUCCUGCGGUUAUCUCCCUCCGGCCCGUCUCCCGCCGCUCCAAGCUCCUGUCUGUCAAGACCAAGGACUUAUGGUACAGAAUCAAUCCAGGAAACAUAGGAUCCCUGUAUCUUCAUCCAAAUGGAUGCAUGGAAUGCUCGCCUCCUAGUUCUUUGUUAUGCAGAGCCACAGAAAAUGACCAGAGCGCUAAAAACCCUCAGAAGGUAAACAGCAUUCUUUGCAAGGACUGCGAAGGAAACGGUGCAAUCUUAUGCACCCAGUGCAAGGGAAGUGGGGUGAAUUCUGUUGACCAUUUCAAUGGCCGAUUUAAAGCUGGAGCUUUAUGCUGGCUUUGCAGAGGAAAGCGUGAAAUCUUAUGCGGGAGCUGCAAUGGCGCUGGCUUCUUGGGUGGAUUUUUAAGCACCUUCGAUGAAACUGCGGAAUAGGGUCAUUGGUUUAUGUUCUUUCUGUUGGUAUUGUAUUUGAUCAAUUUUGAAAGAUAUGUAACUUUUUUAUUUGCAUCCUCUCGAAACCAGUGGGGUGAUUUGUGCCUCUCGAAAGUUUCAUAAUUUUGUUUUGUCACUAAGUAUCCUGUUGGUGCCCAUCGCACAUAAAAUGGAUAUAUUGGCAUGUCGGCUUGGACCCACCAUGUCAACUUCACAAUAUAUUUUGCACAACCUUUUGUUUUA